AUGCACAUCUUCCGGGCUUCCUCCCCGUACGGGAUGCCCGACAACAGAAGAGGGCAACAGGGGAGGCUCGCGGGCUCCGAGGCGAUGCCCCCGGCCUCGGAGGCUCAGGCAGAGGCCCUGGGCCUGAAGCAAGUACAGAAACCCCUCCCGUCAGCAUGUGGACUCGCCGGCGGGCUCGGCGCAGCCGGCCAGCCGCCCCUGGAAGCCGAAAGGCCCAGUGGAUCCGGUCUGAAGCCUGGCAACGUGUGCGCCACGGGCCUGCCGCCCACACCGCUCCAGCGCUCGCCCUCUCGCGAGCCCAUCCUCUCCAGGGGCGAGAACGUGCUCCGCGCGGGGACCGACCGUGUGCCAGGACGCGAGUCGCCGGGACGUGGCGCACGCAGGACGUCUGCUGUCGCUGCGAGGGAGCUUGGAGAGGACGACGAGGACGAGCACGACGCGGAGCGGGAGGCAGUGUGCGCGGAGGCGCCCGCGCGCACGCAGAGCUCGUACCGGGGGGUGUGCUGGCAUGCGAGGGACCGUCUGUGGUGCUCGCAGAUUUGUGUGGCCCGCGACACCAUCCACCUGGGGCACUUCAAGGACGAGAUCGACGCUGCCAAGGCCUACGACGCCGCCUGCCGCCUCGUGGGCCAGCCGCCGCCCAACUUCCCCAACGAGCGCCGCGGUCAGGAGUGCAUCAAGUGCUCCACGGCGCCGAAGCGGCUGCGGGCGGCGGCUGAGCGCCUACGCGUGGCGCCCCCGGACCACGACGGCGAGGUCCCCACGGGAUCCCCCGGGUGCGUGUACGCACAUCUCCUCGGCCUCGCUCGUGAGGGGAGCGACGCAGGGUUAGGCGAGGCGAAGGACCUACAGGACACCCUCAGCAAGGACUACGGCGUCGAACUGGUCGCCCCUAAGAGCCCCGGGAUCUCGGCGAACGGCGAAGCUGCGCGCGAACCACCAGCUCGCAUGGACGCGAUCCCGCACGCCUGGAAGGUCUUCCUCUUCCUUUGCAGCUUCGGGCAGUUUCUGGGCUGCUACGAGCGGGUCCAGAAGCCAGGCCGCGGUGAGCGUCGGUUCGAUAUCGGCGAGGAGGUCCGGGACGGUCUGCGACGCCCGGGCGUGUACGUCGGCCUGCAGUUUGUCGGGAACGGAGGAGUCGUCCCGUUCUAUCUCGGAAUGUCGGACGCGGACGUACUGCGCCGCACGGAGUCGAUCGCUCACGGGACGCUCAGCAAGUUCGCGAGGUGCCUGGUGGUCUUCAUCGGCAUGCCUCAUGCGUGGCUGCGCCGGUACUUCCUCGCCAGCGACUUGGAGCGCGCAGGCCUGUGGCUGUUUAACUUCACGCACAACCAUCAUGACAACGGUGGGAGCGAGGAGAAGAAGAAGAAGAAGAAGAAGAAGGACGAGUUGCCGUCGGCUCCUGUCGUAGAUCCGGUGGAGUACGUCUCGCUCGGGCCGCCGCAGGACGCGAUGAAGGCGUUCCGCGAGGCGGUGCUCGAGCGCGAGAAGAAAGCCCUCGAGACGCUGUACGCGCGCCCGCAGCGCCGGCGCUUCGAGUCGCUGUCGCCGGAGCAGCUCGCGAAGGCGGAGCGGGAGGCAGUGUGCGCGGAGGCGCCCGCGCGCACGCAGAGCUCGUACCGGGGGGUGUGCUGGUAUGCGCACAGCCGUCUGUGGCGCUCGAGGAUCUGUGUGGCCGGCGAAUGCAUCGACCUGGGGUGCUUCAAGGAUGACACGGACGCGGCGAGGGCCUACGACGCCGCCUGCCGCCUCGUGGGCCAGCCGCCGCUCAACUUCCCCAACGAGCACCAUGGUCAGGAGUGCAUCAAGUGCUCCACGGCGCCGAAGCGGCUGCGGGCGGCGGCUACGCGCAAGGCGCAGCGAGAGGAGGUCCCCGUCGCGAUCAGGGACCGCGGCGCGGUGCAACGGACAGCACCCAGGGCCAUGCACCCGUUCCAGCCUUGGAUGCUCGGCUUGAGGUGA